AUGCGCGUGUCGUCCGCAGCAAUCCUUGCGACGUCAUUCAUGUGGUGCACGGGCGCUGUCCAGCUCGCUGCGCGUGACAUGGACAUGCACAUGGGCACGGGCACGGAUGUGCCCGUGGAUAACCCACCGGCGGCUACGGCCGUCACUUCGGCCGUAGCUGCCUCCGUCUCGCCCGUGCCCCACGAGGGGGGCCACGAGCACGGGAUGCCCAUCCUGCAUACCAACCUCACCCCCGCAGAGCGGCUCUACUGGGAAAACUACAACACCACAACUUUCUUCACCACGAGCCGAGGCAACCGGGGUGCGCUCUGGACCCAUUGCGUCUCGCUCGUGGCUGCCACGACCGUGUUCUACCCGGUCUCUCUGAUGUUUCACAGCAUCCAGUCUCGCUGGUACCUGCCGGCCCUGAUCCUGUUCAACUGUAGCGUUGUCAUCGCGCGCUUCUCCCUCGCGGCCUUCGGGGCCUCGAUCCGCCGUGCUAAAAAGACUCACCCAGACACCCCGACAUACCCCGGCAGCGUCUACGGCCGUUUCUGCGACGUGCUGCUUUUAGCCGCGCUCGCGCAUCUUUUAGCCGCGGCCGUUCUGCGCUGGAAGCGCAGAUCCGCGGCUGCGGACCUCGACAGCUACCGUGCCUUCUACGACGACGAGGACCUCAACAACAGUGCGGGGAUCCCGCUCAACGACAUGUCCGCCGAGGCUAGCGAUGCGGCUACGUCUCCUUCUAGCGCGCCCAGCAAGAGGGGCGGAUCGCCCCCUCCCUUGUUUCGGGAUCUGCACGAAUUCCCCGGACUUGCAGCGCGCGCGCAGAGCGCACCUACGGUGCGCUCUGCGCUGCGCGGUGCCCUGCACGGCUUGCCUGCUGCGGUGUUCGGGAUGCUGAACUACCCGUUGCUCGUGGUGUCGGCGGCAACGUGCGUCGUAGGGCUCGCAGUAGGCAACCUGCUCGGGGAUCAUCUGCGCGUGUUCAACUUGCUAGCGCACUGGAUCAAGGGAGGCGUCUUUAUCAUCCUCGGCACUGUGUCGUUAGCCAGGUACUGCGGGUUUGGCGCCCAUCGUGGAUGGGCGUGGAACCGGGUGUUGGUGCUCAAGCGCGAACAGCAGCAACGCGGGCUCACCGCGUGGCAGCGGCUCUGCGACGGAGUGACCAUGGAGGGCAUUGAGAGCGGGCUCAUUUUCUUCUACGGGUCUACGAACGUGUUCCUCGAGCAUCUGUCCAAUCAGGACGGCAAGUGGCACGCCAAGGACCUGCAGCACGUGUCGAUCGCGUUCAUGUUCAUCGGAUGCGGGCUCUGCGGGCUCAUCACAGAGUUCAAAUUGCGGGACUGGCGCGUGCGUCACGUGCUGAAGGCGGGUAACGCUCCAGAGGAUGACGUCGUCGCGCGCGACUCGGACUUCGUCCGAGCCCGCGCGAGCGACGUGGCCACGGCGUCACCCGGAUACUCGCCCAAUCCUUUCCCCGCAGUUACGAUUUUCUGGACGGGCAUUCUGAUGUCGCAGCAUGCGCAGGCGUCGCAGACGUCGACAACGAUCCACAUGCAGUGGGGGUACCUGCUGUCGUACGGGUCCUUUUUCCGGCUGUUCACGUUUCUGCUGCUCAUGUUCGUGCCCAACUGUAACUCGCUUCCGUCGCGGCCGUUCACAGAGCUGGUCACGUCGUUUUGCCUGCUGUGCGGCGGGCUCAUUUUCAUGGAGUCCACGGACCAAGUCGUCGAAGCACUCGAGUACCGCGGGUUCACGAGCAUGUUCACCUUCAACCUCAGCGUCGGUGUCACCGCGCUGUUCAUGGCGUGGGAAAUGCUACUUUUCCUGUGGAGAGACCUGCUGCGGGGACGCAAAGAAAACAAAAUCGCUUAA